AUGUCCAUCGCAAAUCUUAACAGACCAGCUGGUAAGCUAAUUUGUAUCGAUUUUUGUGUAAAUUUACCAGAAAUUGAAAAUUUUAGACGCCUUCGAACAACUUGAGACCGAGGACGGUGUUCGACAAGGAGUUUGCCACAUCCGCAUCCAGCAGCGUACCGGAAGAAAGACUAUCACCACAGUUCAAGGAAUCGGCACCGAGUACGAUCUCAAGAGAAUCGUGCAGUACCUGAAGAAGGUAAGAUUUUACCUAGUUUCUCCCAAGAUUUUUAAUUCAACGUCCGCUUUGUCUUGCUGUCCUCCACUCAUUUCUUUCUUUGUGUGUUUUGUAGUGUUUUCCUUGAUUGUAUCUUGUUCACUUUGGGGGAUUCAGGCGCAUUCUCACUGAAAGAAUAAGCUGGAAACGCAGCAGCAAAGCGGUUAGACGUUCCUACAUUUCCUACACUGUUCAUAUUUUCAGUGAGAAUGCGCCCUGCUCUCCGCAUGCUGGCCAAAUUGGCCCUAUUCCGCUUCUUUUCCGUCUACCUUGUCGCCUCGUGGUUUGUGCCCGAUGAGCUCUAUCAAUCCGCCGAAGUCGCCCACCAUCUUGUCUACGGCACGGGACAUCUAUCAUGGGAGUGGCGACAUUCAUUACGUUCCUAUUUUCAUCCGGCGAUCAUUGCCCUCAUUAUCAAAAUCCUCAAUUUUUGCUCUUUGGACACCCGCAUUCUAGUAUAUCAUGUCCCAAGAUUAGCCCAUGCUCUUUUAUUCUCUUUAGCCGAUUUCUCAUUCUACAGAAUCUGUAGGCGCUUAUGCAUCACCAAAGGCAUUGCAAACCUGUCCUUUACCACUUAUAUCAGCUCCUGGUUCGUUUUCUAUUGUGCCCCUAGAACUCUCUCCAAUUCUCUGGAGACUUCUCUCACUUUGAUCGCCUUAAACUGGUUUCCAUUUGAAAAGACCGCCUACAAAGGAUCCACUUGGCCCUAUAUAGCUCUAGGAGUCCUUACAAUUGUCAUCCGUCCCACCGUUUCCCUUCUCUGGCUCGUUUUCGGACUCUAUCACAUGUACCAUCAUUCCCACCCCUUCCGACUCCUUUUCCGAACUGUCCUUCCCGUCACCGUACCCAUUCUGAUCGCAGUCACAAUCAUCGAUUCGUGGGCCUACGGAGCUGUGACUGUUCCUCUCUGGAACUUCCUGCAAUUCAAUGUGCUCCAGGGAGGAAGCGCUCUUUCGGAGUUCAUCCUGGUAUUGGUACCUGGUUUCUGGAAUCCCUGCAGUGCUCACAGUUCAAGCCAUCGCCAUCAUCAUCGGAUUGCUCGGACCAAAUAUCUUCCGGCCGACUCUACUUCCGUUCUUUGCCACCGCCUUCUACAUCACUGUGCAUUCUUUGCUUCCGCACAAAGAGCAACGAUUUCUCCUCCCUGUCAUCCCUCUUCUGUGCAUCUACGCUGGAGGAGCGUUUCAAAAUCUGAAGAAGUGGCAAGGAAGUGCUGUGGCCGUGAUGAUCGCCGUCAACGUCGGAGUUACGAUCUUCACAUCUCGUUAUCAUCAAGUCGGACCGUUUACCGCGCCAAGAAGGAUAAUGGAGGAGUGGAGAGGUCCUCAUGGAAAACUAUCCGUCGCUGCUCUGAUGCCUUGCUACUCCCUGCCCGGACAUGCGUUUUGGCAUGAUGAGCUCGAGACUCUACGUCUUCUGGACUGCUCUCCCGAUCUGGAUAACCUGAGAGCGCCAACAGAACUCGACGAAUCGGAUCAAUUCCAUGCGAACGCCACGAAAUGGCUAAUUGAAAAGUUCUCACUGGAACAUCGAAGUUAUCAGCGAGUUCUGAUGUACGAGAAAAUGUAUGAAUCGUCACGCCAAUGGUUCGAGCAGAACGGAUGGCAUCAGUGCAUCGAGAAGAUCUGGCACUCGAUUGCUCUCACUUCGUCUCGAGAAGACACUUAUAUGAUUGUACUGUGUCGGAAUGGGUAUUAGGUCUUGAUGGUCCCCUUUGUUAUAUCUUUUUUCUUACCUCCUCCAAUUGUGGUUGUGCUUUAAUCGAGCUUCCUUUUGCAUUCUUUUUCAUAAAAUAAAUCAAAAUGAAUUCUAAAAUAAUAUUUUCAAAUAAUUUCAGAAGCACAGUUGUAACGGCACCAUCGUCGAGCAUCCGGAAUAUGGAGAGGUCAUCCAAUUGACCGGAGAUCAGCGCGAGAAGGUCAAGGACUUCCUCAUCAAGGUCGGAAUUGUGAACGAGGCCAACUGCAGACUGCACGGAUUCUAA